GACGGUCGAGACCCACCGAUCCUGAACCAGCCGCUGGAGUCGGAGUGGCGACCCGGUGUGGAGCCGGCGGAAAGCCACUGGGGAGAGGCCAGUCUCGGCCAGUUCCCGGCUUGGCUCCGGCUCCAGUUCCUGUGGAGAGCAACAGUCGCGGUCGCAGUGUCCGCCUCCGCCUCCAUCGUCGUCGGGGGAGGGGCCGCUCGGACCCCGGGGUCACUGCCGAGGAAUGAGGAGAGGCGGCCGGGCCCCGCGCUCCGCCCCGGCCUAGAGCCUUGCCCUGAGAGUCGCGAGGGUUCAAGCCUGGAUUUUGAUCUAUGUUCUGCUCACAUCCUGCUGCCUGAGAGAACCUGAUGAUCCCAUGACCCUGGACAUGGAUGCUGUCCUGUCGGAUUUUGUCCGUUCUACAGGUGCAGAGCCAGGGCUGGCCCGAGAUCUUCUGGAAGGAAAGAACUGGGAUGUGAGUGCUGCCCUCAGUGAUUUUGAACAGCUACGCCAAGUCCAUGCUGGGAACCUGUCUCCACCCUUUAGUGGAGGGAGUAGUUGUUCUAAGACCCCUGAAAAAGGGUGUUCUGAUAGAGAACCCACUCGCCCUUCUCGACCAAUCCUACAGAGACAGGAUGACAUCGUUCAAGAAAAACGCCUGUCUAGGGGCAUCUCCCACGCCAGUUCCAGCAUUGUUUCCCUGGCCCGGUCCCAUGUCUCCUCCAAUGGUGGGGGUGGGGGGAGCAGUGAGCACCCCCUGGAAAUGCCCAUCUGUGCCUUCCAGCUUCCAGAUCUCACUGUGUACAAAGAAGACUUCCGAAGCUUCAUAGAGAGGGAUCUCAUUGAACAGUCCAUGCUGGUCGCCUUGGAACAGGCAGGGCGUUUGAAUUGGUGGGUCAGUGUGGACUCCACCUGUCAGAGGCUGCUUCCUUUAGCAACUACUGGAGAUGGGAACUGCCUCCUGCAUGCAGCCUCUCUUGGGAUGUGGGGUUUCCAUGAUAGAGACUUGGUGCUGAGGAAAGCUUUGUAUGCACUAAUGGAGAAGGGUAUCGAGAAGGAAGCAUUGAGAAGACGCUGGAGGUGGCAGCAAACACAGCAGAAUAAAGAGUCAGGACUGGUGUAUACUGAAGAUGAAUGGCAGAAGGAAUGGAAUGAGUUGAUCAAGCUUGCCUCAAGUGAACCCAGAAUGCAUCUAGGUACCAAUGGAACCAGUGGUGGUGGAGUGGAGAGUUCAGAGGAGCCAGUAUAUGAGAGCCUAGAGGAAUUCCAUGUCUUUGUUCUUGCUCAUGUGCUCAAGAGGCCUAUAGUGGUCGUGGCAGACACCAUGCUGAGGGACUCCGGCGGGGAAGCAUUUGCCCCUAUUCCAUUUGGAGGGAUCUAUCUCCCCUUGGAGGUCCCAGCCAGCCAGUGUCACCGAUCUCCUCUGGUGCUCGCCUAUGACCAGGCCCAUUUUUCUGCACUUGUGUCGAUGGAGCAGAAGGACAGUGCCAAGGAACAAGCUGUGAUCCCGCUCACAGAUUCAGAGCAUAAGCUGCUGCCCCUGCACUUUGCUGUGGACCCAGGAAAAGGCUGGGAGUGGGGCAAAGAUGACAAUGACAAUGUCCGAUUGGCCAGUAUAAUUCUGUCCCUGGAGGUCAAAUUACAUCUGCUGCAUAGCUAUAUGAAUGUGAAGUGGAUCCCACUGUCAUCUGAUGCACAGGCUCCUCUGGCCCAGCCAGAGUCCCCCACAGCCUCAGCUGGAGACGAGCCCAGAUCCACUCCUGAGUCUGGAGAAUCAGACAAGGAGUCAGUUGGCAGCAGUUCUACUGGCAAUGAGGGCAGCAGACGGAAGGAGAAGUCGAAGCGAGACCGGGAGAAGGACAAGAAGAGAGCAGAUUCUGUGGCUAACAAACUGGGCAGCUUUGGCAAGACCUUGGGCAGCAAGCUUAAGAAGAACAUGGGGGGCCUGAUGCAUAGCAAGGGCCCUAAGCCUGGAGGACUGGGGAGUGGGUCUGGAAUAAGCAGUGGUACCGAGACACUAGAGAAGAAGAAGAAGAACAACUCAUUGAAGAGCUGGAAGGGUGGCAAGGAGGAUGCAGCUGGGGAUGGGCCUGUGUCAGAGAAACCCUCGUCUGAGUCUGCUGGCAAUGGAGGGAGCAAGUAUAGCCAGGAAGUGAUGCAAAGCUUGAGCAUUAUGAGGAUUGCAAUGCAAGGGGAGGGCAAAUUUAUUUUUGUUGGAACUCUGAAGAUGGGCCACCGGCACCAAUAUCAGGAGGAGAUGAUCCAGCGCUACCUUGCAGAUGCUGAGGAGAGAUUCCUGGCAGAACAGAAGCAGAAGGAAGCUGAGAGGAAGAUCAUGAAUGGAGGGUUAGUUAGUGGGCCUCCUCCAGCCAAAAAGCCAGAGCCAGAUGGUGGGGAGGUCCCGCCCAGUGACCCCCCAGCAGAGUCGAAGGCACUGGCAUUCUCUGCUGGUUACCCUGGGGGCUUUACUAUCCCGCGACCUUCUGGGGGUGGAGUCCACUGCCAGGAGCCCCGCCGGCAGUUGGCAGGGGGCCCAUGUGUAGGUGGCCUUCCACCAUAUGCCACCUUUCCCAGACAGUACCCUCCUGGGCGACCCUAUCCCCACCAGGACAACAUCCCAUCUCUGGAGCCAGGCAAAGAUGGAGUUCACAGGGGUGCCUUGUUACCACCCCAGUUCCGUGUGGCUGAUUCCUAUAGCAAUGGCUACAGAGAGCCUCCUGAGCCAGAUGGAUGGGCUGGAGGUCCCCAGGGCAUUCCCCCAACCCAGACCAAAUGCAAACAACCGAACUGCAGCUUCUAUGGACACCCGGAGACAAACAACUUCUGCUCUUGCUGUUACAGGGAAGAACUGAGGAGGGGGGAACUGCUGGCGCAUAGGUUCUGAAUGGGUGGGACCUGGCGGGAAGGGGCUAAACAAAGAAAAGUUAAGCUCAGCUCUGGCUCAUCAAGACCCGGCCCCUGUGUUGAUGGGGCAAGUGCAGAGUGUUUGUGGGAGCUGGAGUGCUGGCAGGCUGGCGAGAGCAGGACAGGGCUAGUCCUACCUCAAGGGCUGUACUACUCUUACGCAGUUUGGCUUGAGACUGCAAGACAGAAGGGGAAGACUAUCUCAUAACCUCUUGCCCUAUUCCAGGGCCCAAGGGAAAGUGGGGAAAUAAUUGGUGUGUGUGGGUGGGAGGUGGGUGGACAUCUUGUGGGAGGAACCUGGAAAGAAGGUUUUCAGUCAGUUAAGGAAAAAUAGACCAAAGUUCAUUGACUUUAGAAAAAAAGCACAUGAUGAUGGAAUUGGGAGCAUAGGGCGAACCUGAGAACAAGUUUGAUCCUGGUCUAAAUUAGGUAGAUGUCAGGCAUGUGUGCUUGGCCUACUUAGAAAGGGUAUUUAAAUCCCAGUGAGUGGAAAUAGGAACCUUCAAGGGGGAUUCUUUGCCUCGUAAGUGUUAUGUUCUUCUAGAUAGUCAUCUGUCAUCCAUUCUAGUUUUAGGGGAGAUUGUCUAUUGCCCCCAUCUUUUCCUCAUCCAUUUUGAGGACUAAGUUCAGCUAAGUUUUAAGAAGUUGUGAUUAAAAAAAAAAGUUUUUAUUUUAAAAGCAAGUCCCUUUAGGGGGAGAGGAGGGUGGUAAGAGCAGCCUUGUGUGUGGGCUUCUCUUCAGGUGGGUGGGUACAGAGGAAUCUAUUUUUAACUACUUAGCAAUAACUAUAUGUGGGGUUUGAGUGCACUGAGGAAGGCGGAGGAAGGCCAGACGCUCGGCCAGACUGUUUGAAACAAUACCAAAACCCUAUACAGAGUUCUCGUCCUCUGCGGCUGCCUUUCUAGAGAAAGCAGCUUAGUGUACUAAUUUUUUAAAGAAAAAGAAAUAAGAUCCUGACAAAAAAAGAAUUAAAAAUUACUUACUCCCUAUCCCCAUUUAAGCGAUUUUUUUUCUCCUUCCUGUCUAUUGCUGGAGAAUGAACUUAACAUCCUGGCUUCUUUUGUUAAGCCAUAGCUGACCUUAAUCUAUGGUUAGUUUAUUAAAAUAAUAAAAAUACUUUGUAAGAAGAAUAUUUUUGAUAUUAGGGCUGGUAUUGAAGUGUGGGAAAGGGCCUUUUAUAAAGGUAGCUAGAGAAAUAUAUUUUAGUGAACCGUAGCCACAGGCCCAGAUUAGCCCAGUGAGCGGAUCUGCCUUUGGAUUUCUCCCUUUUCCUGAGCCAACCCUGUUCUCCAGAGGGGUGGAGUGGCCCCAGUGGUGAGAGCGCCCUUGCAGUUUGCACAAAGCACAAGUCUGGACAGCUUAUGCUCUGACCAGAGCCAUUUCUAAGAGCUUUAAACCAGAAGACUAUCUUUCACCAAUUGUCCUUUUUCCUUAUAUUUUUUUUCUGGGGGAAAAAUCAUCUAUGCAAUUGUGUACACUUGUGGCUGCAUAUGACAAAGAGGUGUGUCCGGAGUGUUAACUGGACUGUGCUCUGGGCUUUGAUUUCUUUGCUGAGUGAGGGAUGUCAUCACCCACUAAUGGAAUGUAAUUCUCACAUUUGAUCUAAGUCACAAAUGGCUCUGUGUGUGUGUGUGUGUGUGUGUGUGUGCGUGUGUGUGCGUGCGUGCAUGCUUGAGGAACCCUUGUCUACAUGCUUCUUCUGCCUGGUUAGGAAAAUGGUCACACCUCGCCUUGAUAACGAAGCUAGUCAAAAAUUUCUCAGUGAAAUUAUUUAGUUUUUCCCCUCCAAAAAUUUGAAAGUCACUCACUUCCAUAUCUACCAUAUCUGUUGAUUUAAUAAUUUCCUAUCGUUAUUUUUAGGCAAUUUUUUGUUUGUUUCUUUGAUACUUAGUCCUGGCUGGCCAGCCUGGUACUUGCUAUAUAGACCAGGCUAGCCUUCAAUGCAUAGCCAUCCUCCUGCCUCAGUCUUCUGAAUUGUAGGAUCUAGGCAUGAGCCACCACGCCCAGGUUUCUUUAAGCUGGAACCUAAUAUAGGACAAGCAUUUCUGACUGGUGUAUAAUUUAAAGGUCUAUUCAAAAAUUGAGGGGUUUUUGUUUUUUUUUUGUUUUUGUUUUUUGAUAGGGUCCUACUCUGUAGCCUAGGCUGGCCUCAAAUGUAUGACCCUCUUGCUUCAGCUUCCCAAGUGCUAGGGUCACACCGUCAAGUAUAGAAACACAAUAUAAAACCCAGAUUGACCAAAACAUCAAAAUCUUGGGAUAUAACAGGAAUUGGUAUUAAGGUAAAGAAGUGAGCCCUGAACUGAACAACUAUGAGGACAAAUCCUAUUUAAAUUUUGAUACGUUCAUAAAGUUUGUUCUUUUUAAACAUUUUUUGAUUUUUUAAAAAAUAUUGCAUCAAGAUAGUAUUUAUCUUGAUUCCUGGGUUUUAAGCACUCCUUCAGUUUUUCUCCCAAGGUGAAUGAAUGCCUGUGCCUUGUUCUCAUCCCUUUAGACUUGUCCCGGUUCCUGGAGUUUGAAUGACACUGGUGAAGCCUUCACCAGAUGAGCCUCUCCCUUCUGACACUACAGACACCAUGGUGUCCACUGCUCAGUCAUUCUCCCAUACCCUGCAUAGAUGCCUGCCUAAGUGGAUAGGAACAGAGAGCCUGGCAGGGGUUUUCCUAUCAAGUAAAACAGGGGAGUUGCUCUCCUUGGACUGCUGUGUUUGGACUUGAUAUGUUAUUAGAUUGUAUUUACCACUCUUGUUUUUAAAAACUGAGGACAAAUGAAGAGAAACAGAAACCUUG